AUGGGGUUGCAGGUCCAAACGAGCGGACGAAACGAUAGCUACAAGUCACCAUCAGAUUCGAUGGACAACGACCUUCCCCUAGGCAGCAUAUAUGCACAUACCGGGGCAGCAGACCGAGUCCAUGGUGCGGAUGUCGCCAUCACCUUCGGGCCGAUCCUUAAGGCUGAGCCAUAG